AUGUCCGAAUUCACUACCCGCAGAUAUUUUGACAACAUCUACAUUCCCGCUGGUCUGAUCGUCUUCGGAUGCUUCAUCACCAAGCGCGAAUGGACGCCGUACGCUGUUGCCCUGGCGCUCGCGCUGGCAGCCUACAAGUUCAACGCCAUGCGUGAGUUCGGCCCCUCUCGGAAUACCUCGGAAUUGCCCGCUGACGAACCCCCUCAUGCAGAGAUCAAGAAGGUCCUCAAGCCCGAUGCCUUCCAGGACUUUGAGCUCAAGGAGAAGACCAUCAUCUCGCACAAUGUCGCCAUCUACCGCUUCAACCUCCCCAACGAGAAGAGCAUCCUCGGCCUCCCCAUCGGCCAGCACAUCUCCAUCGGUGCCAAUUGCCCCCAGCCCGAUGGCACCACCAAGGAGAUUGUGCGCUCCUACACUCCCAUCUCUGGCGACCACCAGCCUGGCUACUUCGAUCUCCUGAUCAAGUCCUACCCCACCGGUAACAUCUCCAAGUACAUGGCGUCGAUGAAGGUCGGACAGACGCUCAAGGUCAAGGGUCCCAAGGGCGCCUUCGUCUACACCCCGAACAUGGUCCGUCACUUUGGUAUGAUUGCCGGUGGUACUGGUAUCACUCCCAUGCUUCAGAUCGUCCGCGCUGUCAUUCGUGGCCGCCCCACUGGUGACAAGACCGAGAUUGACCUCAUCUUCGCCAACGUUACCCCUCAGGAUAUCCUGCUGAAGGAGGAUCUGGAUGCCCUCGCCAAGGAAGACGCUGGCUUCCGCGUGCACUACGUUCUUGACAAGCCUCCUGCGGACUGGACCGGCGGUGUUGGUUACGUCACGGGCGACAUGAUUACCAAGCUUCUUCCCAAGGCUGCCGACGACGUCAAGCUUCUGCUUUGCGGUCCCCCGCCCAUGGUCAGCGGACUGAAGAAGACGGCUGAGAGCCUUGGCUUCAAGAAGGCCCGCCCCGUGAGCAAGCUCGAGGACCAGAUCUUUGCUUUCUAA